UUAGCUCUUAAUAUUUUGCGAGUUUGUAGAACAUUUUUACAGAAAUCUUUUAUGAGAUAUUGAUCGUGAUUUUAUCUAGUGGUUUUUUGUGUAAAUGGAGAGUCCAUGUGCCAUAAACGGUUUGGAAAGUGCUUCGUUUGGAAAUGACACCUUAGCGGCAUUAUGUCAACUUGAAAGCGACUUGCAACCAUGUAGCAGCAAAGGCGUAGAUAAUAAUGCCAGUGACCAGUCGUCGCAAACAUUGACGAAUGUUUCAGAACAUCAAGAUGUAAAUGCGUCGGAGUAUACAUCCCCUCACAAUAAGACUACCCAGAGCAACAUAACAUUUCUCAGUACCCAAGAAAAACAGGAUCUGAAGUCUUGGGGCCUCCCGGAAGCUGUAUUGAAGGAGUAUCAUUCAGCUGGAGUAAAAUCAAUGUUCUCCUGGCAAGUAGAGUGCUUAUGCAGUCCAAAUGUUCUGGAUGGAGGGAAUCUUGUCUAUUCAGCUCCAACAUCAGCUGGUAAAACAUUAGUUGCUGAAAUUUUAGCAAUAAAAACUGUGCUAGAGAGAAAGAAGAAAGUCAUCAUCAUUCUCCCAUUUGUUUCUGUCGUCAGAGAGAAAAUGUUUUACUUUCAGGACUUACUGGGCAGCUCUGGUGUGAGAGUGGAAGGACUCAUGGGCUCACAUCGAAUUUUUGGAGGCUUUAAAAAAAUACAGAUUGCCAUCUGCACCAUAGAAAAGGCAAAUAGCUUGAUUAACAGGCUUCUGGAGGAUGGUCAGAUCAAAGACCUAGGUGCAGUUGUGGUAGAUGAGCUGCAUUUAGUAGGGGAUCCUUUUCGUGGUUAUUUACUAGAAUUGCUGCUCACAAAAAUCCAGUAUAUGAAUACUCGUGAAAAGGGUGUAUCUAUUCAGAUUGUUGGAAUGUCAGCAACCUUGCCAAACCUUGACCUCUUAGCUAAAUGGCUUAAAGCAGGUCUGUACAGAACAGAUUUUCGACCUGUCCCUUUGCAGGAGUUUCUCAAAGUGGAAUCACUUAUAUAUGAUAAAACUCUGAAGGUUCAUAGAGUGCUGCAGCCUGAAGUGAUAAUACAGGACGACAGUGAUCAUGUCAUCUACCUCUGCCUAGAAACUUUAUUCGCAGGGCAUUCUGUCCUAAUAUUUUGCCCAACUAAAAACUGGUGUGAAAGUCUGGCUCAACAUAUUGCAAAGGAAUUCCAGACUCUUGGUAAUUCAAAACAUGACUUGGGAUGCAAGCUCCGAAGCCAGCUUAAUACGUCUGCUAUAGUAGAAGCACUGGAGCAGCUGAAGAGGUGUCCUGUUGGCUUAGAUACUGUGUUGCGGAAGACUGUAUCGUUUGGUGUGGCUUUCCAUCAUGCAGGUUUGACCUUAGAUGAAAGGGAUAUAAUUGAAGGUUUAUUUCGUGGAGGAGUUAUACGUGUUCUUGUUGCUACGUCUACUCUCUCAUCAGGUGUCAACUUACCUGCCAGGCGAGUUAUCAUUAGGUCUCCAUUAUUUUGUGGUGAAGCCAUAGGAAUUCAAACAUAUCGCCAAAUGAUUGGAAGAGCUGGGAGACUGGGAAAGGACACGGAAGGUGAAAGUUUUCUUGUUUGCACAAAAUCUGAGAAAAGAAUUGGUGAAAAAUUGAUUCGAUCAGAUUUACAGCCAAUAGAAAGUUGCCUAGGAUUUGGAGAACUUUCAGCUAGUUUGAAGAGAGCAGUUUUGGAGAUAAUAGCAAGUGGUGUAGCUACAACACCAGAACAGAUAGAUAUUUAUAUGAACUGCACAUUACUGGCUGCAUCCAACUCGGUGUCGGAAAAUCCCAUUAAAGCAUGCAUAAAAUUUUUGAAAGAAAAUGAGUUGAUCAGACUUCAGAACAAGGAUGAUAAAACACAAUAUGUGCCCACACCACUUGGUGCAGCCUGUUUGGCUGCAUCCAUUCCUCCUGAUGAUGGCCUAGAACUCUUCAGAGAGCUUCAGCGGGCAAGGCAAUGUUUUGUUUUGGAGAAUGAUUUACAUCUAGUGUACCAGGUAACUCCGCUGAACAUAGCCGCACAAUGGGGGAAUUUAGACUGGUUUCAGGUAAUGACACUCUGGGAGCAACUCCCAACGAGCAUGCGGCGUGUAGGGGAGCUAGUAGGCAUUGAAGAAGUUUUCAUGGUUAAAGCACUCAGAGGGACUGUAAACCUCCAGAGCAAGAAAGAGAUUGGCAGAAUAAAUCUGAGAAAAAUGGCCAUACACCGUCGGUUUUAUACAGCAUUGGCUCUUCAGGACCUUAUUAAUGAAGUUCCUCUCACAGAAGUGGCCAACAAAUUUAAAUGUAGCAAAGGAAUGUUGCAGUCCCUUCAGCAGUCUGCCUCUACUUAUGCAGGUAUGGUAACAGCAUUUUGCAAGAGAUUGGGAUGGGACAAUAUGGAAUUAUUAUUUUCUCAGUUUCAAGACAGAUUACAAUUUGGCAUUCAUCGGGAGUUGUGUGAUCUAAUGAGACUUGAUCUGCUUAAUGGGCUACGAGCGAGAGCUUUGUUUAAUGCUGGUAUCACGUCACUUGCUUCUCUUGCUGCAGCUGAUGUAUGUGAAGUGGAAAAUGCUCUACAUGCUGCAAUCCCAUUUCAGAGUUCAAAAGAAUUGGAUGGGGAAUCAUCUUUUGAGACCGCUAAAAGAAAUGAAAUGAAAAGUGUGUGGAUAACUGGUAGACGUGGUCUGACAGAGAGAGAAGCUGCAACAUUGCUCAUUAAAGAAGCAAGGUUUAUGCUCCAGAAAGAACUUGGACUGGCUGAUGCAAAAUGGGAGAUGGUCGGAGAAGCCUCGGAUUCUUCGGGUUACACUAGCUCUUCUAGUACAAGUUCACAUGAAUCCUCUGCUGAACAUAGCCAUAUUUUGGACGAAAUAGUGGAAUGCCAUGCAACGACGCAAAUGACAUCUGAUGAGAGUGUUAAGAUACGUGCAAAUGAAAAAAACAAAAACUCUAGUCAUUUUUGUGAACCUGUCUCUUUGAGCUCAAAUGAAACCAAAAAACAAAUUAUAAACAUCGCAGGGAACUCUUUACUAACAGAGAGAAAAGAAAUUAGUGAUUCGCCUUGUGUUUCCAAAUGUGGUACUUCAGCUCCUGGACCAUUUGAAAUACAUUAUAAAACACAUAAAGACGAUCUGAAUGACAGCUUACAUCAGGGUACUCCAGAUAAAUGCGUUAUAAAAGAGACAGAAAAUGCUACAGGACUUUGUGACAUGGCUCAGCCCAUACCUAAAAUGGAUCAUGGUUUAGAUCUUUCUACGUCUGAAAGGUCCGCAUUCGAACAAGUUGAUGAUGCCAUUGUUAAAGACCACUCGAAAACUGUAAUAGAUUCUUCAAUUGAAGAUCUGUUGCAUGAGAGACCAACUUCAAGUAGAAACAGCUCUGAUUUCUUUGCAUCACCUUCUUCUGAAAAUAAUUACAGGAGUCCCAGCCUGUUUGGGGACAGCUUUUCCAUAAAUACACAGCUUGAAGAUGUUCUAGAUUGUAACAUCUCACCUGUGAAUACCACAAAGGUAGCUGCACAUGUCUAUAACCUACGGAAAAGAGAAUCUGAGAAAACAAAUAUACCUUUCUCACCUAAACAAGAUUCUGCUGACAACUUUUCAAUAAAUACACAACUUGCAGAUGUCCUAGAUUGCAAGAUCUCACCCUUGAAUGGUGCAAAGACACCACUACCCCUCUUUAACUUGAAAGAAAGAGGAGACUGCAUGAAGACAAAUAUGCAUUCGUCUCCUAAACAAGAUUGUACAAGCAGCCUUAUAGUAAACACGCCUCUCGGAGAUGUCCUGGAUUGUAACAUUUCAUCUGCUACAGAGACACCUCGGCAAGUAUGUAACAGUCAGAGAAGUGGAGAAUGUGGGAAAACAACUUUACUUUUGUCUCCGAAACAAAAUUUUCCAUUGUCAGUGGAACAACAUGAUGAUAAACAGGCUGCUCUAUUAACAGAACACACAAACACAAAAUCAGAAACCAUAGGAUUUGCUGAUGAUUCAGUUAUAACAGAUUCUUUUCUUGAAAAUGCUUUCAGGACAUAUCUCCCAUUGAAUUCAGAAGUAGUGUCACCAUCAGAUUCUGAAAAAAGUGAAAGCACCUCUAGAAAGAAAUCAAAGUUCUCUACAGUGGGAUUGAAGACACCAAAUGCAAAACCAAUCAAAGAUAGAAAGUUAACACUCUCCAAGAAGAAGCGAAAGAAUCAUGAGAAUGCAACUGAUGUGGAGUUGAUGAAAAGCUUGGUGAGCCCAUCAAAAAAAAUAAGACUUUGCACAGGUAUAAACAGUGAAAAAUCACCUCAGAUAUUGCUCGCAACUCACAAUAAGACUCCAGCGAGAUUGAGUAAUGUAUCUUUUGACACUCCAGCUGACCAUGUCUCUAAAAACCUCAAGGCGAGAAAACUAAGAUUUAGCAAAGUUACAGUGUUUCACAGCAGCUCAGAAGAGGAAGGAGAAGAAGACGAAGAAAAUAAUGAGACUAACGUCCUUGCAAGAUCAUCACAAAAGAGCACAGUACAGUCCUUCUCUUUGCGUAGCAAAAUGGCACCAGUUAGUAUGAAAUUUAAUACACCAUGCAAAAGCAGUGCCCAGAAUGCUGGUGAGAUCAGUGAACCGGGAAGGAAACUGGAUGUUGAAAGUGGGAGUGAGAAGCAACUCACCUCUGCUAUCAGUGAGGAGAAAGAUGGAAAGCAACGGAUGGUACAACUUACUCCACCUGUGAACUGUAAUUUAUCAGGAGAUACAACUGAUUGCAUUGAUAUCAUAAAUGUAUCUGGACAUGCAGAUAUCUUUUCCACUUUCAAGAGUGAACUUCAGCAUGUGAAACAUUUUUCCAUCUCAUUAGCCUGUGAUAAAUAUGAAACCGAAAAGCAAACUGCAAUAGGCAACAAAAUAUUGGGUAGGAAAAGAAAGAAGGUAGAAGGGGACAAAAGUUCACAGUUUGUGCAUGGUGAGCGACAUGCUGUUGGCAUUGCCAUAUGCUGUGGUGGUUAUAAUGUUUAUUACAUCUCUCUGCUGGAUGAAGGUAACAGCUCUGAUGCCAUUCCUGUACAAGAAAGGAUUCUGCUGCUUAAAGAAAUGCUCACAAAUUCCACUUGCCAGAAAUCAGUAAGUGUGUUUGAUGGAAAAGAAAUGUACAAAGCUUUGUAUAACUGCCUUGGUAUACGACUUCAUGGUCUGACUUGUGAUCCAAAGAUUGCUGACUGGCUGCUUAAUCCAGAAGGAAGAGAAAAAAAUUUGCAAGCAAUGGCAAUACAUUAUUGCCCAGAGGUGAGCCAGGUUGCAGUCCUAGUUGGUCCCAUCCGUGGUGUUGGCAGCCCAGCCCUAAAUAUCAGUAGCUCCGUUUCAGCACAGCUGCGUUCUUCUGCUGAGGCUUUAGUUACAUGGCACACUGUGAACGCUCAGUUCAAACUGUUGUCUGAAAACAAGUUGCUUCAAGUAUUUGAAGAAGUAGAAAUGCCAACACUUUUAUGCCUUGCUCGGAUGGAACUAAGUGGAAUUGGUUUUAGUAUUAAUGAAGCUGAAAGACUAAGAAAUGUUCUUCUCAGUCAGAUGUCAUCAUUUGAAAAUAAAGCCUAUAAGCUUGCUGGCCACACAUUUUCUCUGACAUCCCCAGCUGAUGUUUCAAAGGUAUUGUUCAAAGAGUUAGGACUGAAUCCUGGUAAGACUCCAUAUGGUCAAAAGCCGAGCACCAACAAAGAUGCACUCCUUCCUCUGAAGCAAUACCACCCAUUACCUGAAGUAAUUUUGCAAUGGAGGAAAAUUAAUACCAUAUUAACAAAGACCCUUUAUCCACUCUUAAAUUCAGACUCAGCCAAACGCAUAUUUGGUUGUUACAUACCUCGCACUGCCACAGGAAGAAUCUCUAUGCAUGAACCAAAUAUGCAAAAUAUACCGCGAGACUUUGAUGUUUCUGGCUGUGAUGGAGAAAAUUUGUCAAUAAGCAUGAGGCUAGCUUUUAUUCCAAAGCCUGGCAAUGUAUUCUUAUCAGCAGACUACUCUCAGCUUGAGCUCCGUAUUUUGGCACACUUAUCAGGUGAUCAUAUACUCCUAGAUAUACUCAAUUCAGACAAGGACGUAUUCCGUGGGAUUGCUUCUAUAUGGAACAAAAUUCCAGAAUCUGAGGUAACUGACAAACUUCGUCAACAUGCCAAACAAGUAUGCUAUGGUAUGAUAUAUGGCAUAGGAUCAAAGGCCCUGGGAGAACAACUUGAAGUCAAUGAAACUCAAGCAGCAGAAUUCAUGGAAACAUUCAAAAGAGCUUAUCCUGGUGUCAGAAAAUAUGUCGAAGACACUAUUAAGAAGUGCAGAGCAAAAGGCUAUAUUGAAACACUGCAUGGGAGAAAACGUUUCUUGCCAGCAAUAAACAGCCCAAACCAAAUUAUAAGAGCUCAUGCAGAACGACAAGCUGUUAAUUCUACCAUUCAAGGAUCAGCUGCUGAUGUUGCAAAGAAAGGGAUGGUGCUUGUGGAGUCAAGAUUAGCUGCAUCACUUUCACAUAAUCCAUCUGUGGUGACUAGGGCACAAGAUCAGAGAACCAAUAAACUAAGUGUUACAGCACCUAAAGCAGAGUUAAUUUUGCACUUGCAUGAUGAACUCUUAUAUGAGGUAUCAAAAGGGGAACUACAGAAGGUAGCUCAGAUUGUUAAAUCUGGAAUGGAAUCAGCAGCAAUCCUUUCAGUGAAGUUGCCAGUAAAGAUAAAAACAGGCAAUUCUUGGGGAUCCCUGAAGGAUAUGGAAAUAUAGAUAUCUUCUGUUCAAAAUGUUGAAUUAAAGCAAAUAAUAAUAUUUCUGCAGUCACUAACUGAUAUGACCCCACCUUAAAAAAAGAAACUAUCAUUUAUUGUAUACAAAAUCAUGAAAACAUUCAAUUAUUUUAUUAUUAGAGUUAAAAAUAAUGUGUAAAAGAUUGUUGCAAGCAUGUUGUUCCGAGAAUUUUUUUUUCCAUUUAUGCCAUGUUCAUAUUUUGUAAGUUUUUUGAACACACUGUUUUAUUCUUU